AUGUCCAUUCAACAAGUUUUAGAAAAUCUUCAAAUAAAUAAUGAUACAAACGUGAAUGGAAGACAACUUAAAAUCUCGAUGAUCAACUUAUUUAAAUUUAUAUCUUCUCAAAUAAAAGAGGUACAAGAAGAAGAUAACAAAAAACAAGCUAAUCUUGUUAAAACCCUUCAAGUUGUUAUCAAAGAAGUUGACACAAUAAAAAAGGUACAACAAGAAACACAAAAUAAAAUAGAGGUAAUGGCUAAUGUAAUUAGAAAAAUGUCUGAUAAAAUAAAUGAGUCAAAAGGAAUUACAUCCCCAAAUAUGUCUUCACUUCAAAAGUCUUGUGGAUGUGAAGAAAACAGAAAAAUUAUUUUAGAUAUGAAGAAGAAGCUUGGAGAAAUAAAUAACAUAGUUGAUGAAGUUAAAGAAAGUUACAAAGAAUUAAAAAACCAAGUAAGAACUACUAACUCAAAUAUUGCUUCUAUAAAGGAAGAGCUAAACACUUGUAAAUCAUUAACAAACUCAAAUCCUCAAGAAAUUAAACACCCCCGAGAAAAGAAUGUUGCUCCAGUCUCCACUUUUAAUGUUCCUCAAUCACCUCAGGCGUGUGUACAACCACCACCUCCUCCUCCUAUUGACAAUUCAAAGGUACCAAGUGUUUCAAGUAUUUCUACGUCAGGAAGAGGAGACUUACUUUCACAAAUCCAGAGAGGAAAAAAAUUAAAAAAGACCACUGUAAAUGAUCGUUCUAGACCAAUGAUUUCUAAAGAACAACAAAGUCCAACAACUCCACAUUAUCCAACAAACCCUUUAAUGGCUGCUAUUGCAGCACGAGCAAAUAGAGGAGGAAGUUCAAUGAAAAAUACUCGAGGAACACCACAAAGAAAAUGGUAA